AUCAUGGAGAAACGAGUAUGUUAUAAUUUAUCAAACAAGUCAACUUUUUUUGCGCCACCUGGUAUAUGUUGACGAAGACACGUUUGUUUUUCUAUAGUCAAAAUUUUUCUGGCUGUCCUUCAGCAGCAUAUUGAGAUAAAUAGAUUAGGAGUAGUUCAAAUGAGGCCAAAGAUGCGGCUGGAUAAGAUAGACUCUUAAAAAAAGUUUUUGACGUCUUUCAAUUUGGUCAACAAGUAACUACUGGAAGAGUAAAGGUCUGCGAUAUUGAUAAAGCAAAAUUUAACGUGUUCAAAAAUUUUCUAAUAUGUUUCUUAACUCGUGUUGCUAUGGCAAUCAUGACGUUACAACAUGGCGGAUAUUUUGGCUUUAGGUCGCUGUAACUCCCAAAAAAGUUUGGUGACAUCCAUUUUUUAUUUCAUAGAUCUUUUACAACUACUGAAAGGAAGUGCUUAUAAAAUUUUAAAAAAAUUCUGUGGAAGGGAAAUAUUUCAAAUUGAUAAAACGUGAUUUUUGCAAUUUUGAAUGUUUCCCUUCCAUAGAUUCUUUUAAAAAUUUUCCAAACACUUUCAGUAGUUGAAAAGAUAACAUUCCAAAGUUUCGCUAGACCUAAGUUACUUAUUUGGAGUAUAUGUCACACACCUUAACAUGUUAAUAAACCUAGCAUUGGACAAUUAGAAGUUUAGAGAUGCUAUAAAGUUUUGUUUCUUUUUUAUGACUAUAACAAUGUAUAGAAAUAAAACAGUUCUGGCUGUGCCUUUUUCAACGGUUCUGGCCGGAACCUUAAAACAUCUGAGGUCUGGCCGGAACCAAGUUCUGGUGGUUGCACCCCUAGCUGGGAUCAUAUAAAAAGGUUAUUUCAAUGUUCAAUUUAAAUUUAUAUAAUGACACUUUCUUUCAACCAUUGGAUAGCUUUUUUAUCAAACUAGAAGAAAACAUCAUGCCAAAGAUCACUAUGCUUUUAAUGGUGAUCUCCAGUCCGUAAUGUAAACAAACGCUUUGUUUACAUUUCGAACUGCUAUAUUUGUAAAAUAUGAUAUACUAACUGAAUAUCUUACACUGUUCUGGUUUGUUAUGCUCGUAAAUGAAUAUAAACCAGAGUUUCAAUUCAGAAAAAGUUCGAAAGAUGCGAUAUUUGGGCAAUGUUUAUAUCGGUGAGUUCCCCUUUGUUAUGAGCAGAACCGAUGCACAGAACGAACUGGAGAUCACCUUUAAACUUUAUAUAUUUAAUACAUGGUGAAAUCUGUUCAAGUAUGUGAUAUUUUGGAAUAAUCUAGUUCCUUCUAUGUUGCUGUAAUCUUUUGUGAUAAUUUUGUUCUAUGUUGGUGCAAUGCACUCAGGCUAAUAUCAAUGCUUGUAUCAUGUUACUCCAAGUAUGUAUCAACACAAAGAUAUUCAACUGAUAUGUUUAUAACUAUACACACAAAGCUUAUGACUUAGUGAGAACAUAAAUGAUGCUACUGUAUCUUGCAUGAAAAUUUUCCACCAAACAUAAAUUCAGUUACAUAUAGACUAUAUUGUGAACAAUCCACCCAAUCUGACAAGAAAUAACUGUGUUUCCUUCCAAACUAGUUGAGUACAAUGUGCCGAGAGUUAACUGUGUUUCCUUGCAGACUAGUUGACUACAAUGUCAAUGCGCCGAGAGUUGUGAGAGUGCAUGUCAUGUGAAAGUAAAAAAUAUGCCCUUCUUUGUUAUUUUAUACCCUGUCUGAUUAAUGCCAGACAAUUUUGACAAUAUGUUCUCGUAUCUGCUGUUUUUAAACACUUAAAAAUGUCUUGUCAACUCAGCAAUGUACCCCUCUAUACCAGAAUUUGAAGAAAAUUGGUAUUAGUUUGACAAAUUACAAUACUAUCUAUAGUUAUUAUUACUGGCAUAUUUUCGAUCGGCACAGAGUUUCAUGGCAUUACCCUGGUUUAAUUAAGCUCAACUAUAAGACUACACUGGACCGCAAAGCUGUAAAAAAAACGACACAAUACAACUGCAAAAUUACGAUCUUAUAUACAUCAUAAGCCAGCUUUUUAUUGAGCUGUAUUUAGAACCUUAUUUGUCCUUCAAAUUUCAACAUGACUAGCAUAGAUGUUCAAUGUUCAUAUUUACUUUAUAUUUUCAGGUAAUAUACAACAAAUGAGCAUACAUAUAAUCAUUAGAAUAAACACUACUUAUUCACGUUGCAUUUUUUCAUAAUAAACUUUAGAAAUUGAAUAUUCAAUAGCUGUGUAAAGUCAUGAAAAUUUAAUGACUUACCGAAGUUCGAAGCUGGAACAUCCGCCAUAUUGACAAAAUCGUAGCCAUGUGCGUGUGCCCAGGAAGCUAUAUAUACGCGCGCUCAUUUGCGUCAUUAAUUUAAGACAUAUCCUUAAUCUUAGCAAAUUUGACAUUUAAGGAUAAUCCCUAAUUCUACGUGUGAGGAUAUGUUGAAUUAUAAGAGCCCAGCUUCCUCAAAAAUUAUUCAUCACUCUGAUCGGUUAUAAACUGAUAUCGUAUCCUAGGUGAUAUUAAUUAAAUUAUAGCAAUUUUAAACUGAAAUCGAAAAUCGAGUAAGCACAUGUAGUUUAAUUUUUCUCAAUUAUUUAAACGACAAUGUCUUCGUUUUUUGUGUUGCUCAGCUUCGCACGACUUCCCCCCGUCUUUUUUGGCACUAGUUCAUCAUAACCAUAUGCGCUAUAUAUAGAUCACAGGCCGGUUGUUCAGAACCCAGCUAACGCUAACCCAUGCAGGGUUCAGUAAAUUACUAAAUUUAACCCGCUUUCGAACAACCGGCCCAUGGACAACAACAUGAAGGAAAUAUAUUAUUACCAUAGCCAGAAAUAUCAUACUGAAAUUCGCGUGAUUGCUAAGUUUAGUUGGAAAACAUUGUACUGAGUUUAGUUGCAAAACAUUGUAAAAUUUCUUUAGUAUCGCGUAUAGAUAUAAAAUCAAUCUAUAGACUACAUAGCUGCAUUAUGAACGCAUAAUUCAGUCUAUUGUCCACAGUCAUUUCAGUUUGUAACUGAAUAUUUUGUAAACAUAACACUAUGCAUUUCGUAUAGUUUAUAAUAUAUUCAAAUUUUACACGCAAACCUAUGUCUUUGGCUGUCAUUUCUGUUUUAAGUAUAUAGGCAAUGACAGUUUCUGAUGGAAAGGUUAAUGGCAUUAAUAAUGCAUGUGUUCAAAGGCGAAAAUUAAGCACCUUGACGAUGCAUUAAUUCUCGGUUUGCCUCGUUCAAGUCGAUUUUAAAACAUCCACAACGAAUUCAUGACACCAGAAGUUGCCUUUUAAACACCGUGCCGUCGCUUUCAUCUUUUUCAGUUCUGGCCUGAAAACGUAAUUGAUGCACGUAACAAAGCAACUCAUUAUUAAUCAUAUAUUUCUAAAAUAUUCAUGCAUAUCAUAUGGCUUUUAACUUAAGGGAACCUCGUAGUGUUAAGCUCUACCGUUAAUGCUCUCAGAUGUGGUUUGAUUAUAAACACCUUGCCUGGCAAAUAUAUUUUGUAAAGAUCUCUCUAAAUGUCAGAAACUGAAGUAGUAUGUAUUCUGAUGAAGUUCACCACGCACCCUUAGCCUCAGUUGAGUCAACAGUGCACCUUUAUCGCUCGCUAAGCUGAAAUGAAUUUACAUUGCCAACAGUGCGCUCUUUCAGCUCUCUCAGCUGACAGCUCACGCGAAUUUACAUCACACAAUUCAGUUUCAGUAAAGAGACUAUGGUAUAGAGCUCUCUAAAAUGUUGGGGUGCGAUCGCACGGACCGUAGUAGAGGACCGCCUUUGACUUCAUUCUACUCCAUUCAGACAAAACUAUAGCAAAAUAGCGAGGGUCUCGGCUGUGUAGAGACUAUAAUGUUGGCGGAAAUUCGGAUCGAAAAUUUCCUCCAGGUGGAAACCAGCCUUCAAAAUCUUCUCGACCUUCGGACCCAAGGCUAAGUGCAUGCCAGUCGUAAAAAACUGAAGUUAGUCAUGUAUUUUUACCCUCGUGGUGAACGCUCAUGGAUAGCUCAAAAUGACGAGAAGUCUUAUAACUGUGUAUUUUCGAGACUAUAUUUUCAGAACAGUGACAACACUGACGAGCGGUUUAUUAUCAGUGCUGCAUGAAUACCUUGUCAAAAUUCUGUUUGUAUAGUUUUAUUUACCCUAGGUUCAAUCAUUCAAUUGUGAACAUAGACUCUCUUUUGACCAGUUUAAACAAGACAGCCUGUCUGCAUGUAUGAUCUUGACCUUAUAUAUGGUCUUUAGCUUUGCACGUUUUUGGGCGACACCUUAAAUAAACGCAACAUUCAACACCUGGUGCUUUGUGUGAACGGGUCUCAGCAAACGGUGAACGUAUUUUCUAAAAAGCAUAUCGUCAUUCACAAUGGCUGUCAUCCUGGUCUUCUUCGCGCUUUUUUUAAUCGUAAAAAUACCGCAGCCAAGUGAAUGCCAAAAUAUUAGCCACGCUUUCUUUCGCAAAAUUCAACAAGAGCACUUGGGUAAUCAUGUCAUAGACACGAAGCAACUGACGAACAACGAGUUAGAAUGUGCCCUGCAUUGCGUUGAUGAUGGAUCGUGUGAAUCGGUAAAUUACAAAACAUCUGGAAUUGGUAAAGGUCUGUGUGAACUCAACAAUUCCACACUUCCAAAAACAUCUAACGCUAAUGAAAGAAUACGUAAUCCUGAAUUCGACCAUCUUUACAUAGUCGGAAAGAGACACAAAAGCAGCUGUGUCAAUAUCAAAGUCCCAGGUGACUUUGAUCUGAGUUUUGAAAGCGUUCAAAAGUUUACUUUGCUGGACAACAACGUGCCAGAGAUGUCUGAUAUGACACUCAUGUUUUGGAUCAACACAUUGAACGCUGACAAAAUGACAGUUUUAUCCUAUGCUGUGGGCGGUACCGAAGAAUUUGCAUUCUCGGUUGAAAGGGAAAAGAUGUACCUCAAAGUUCAACAAUUGGAAAAGUAUUUCUUUGUCCCGCCAAUCAAUGACGGCUAUUGGCAUCACGUGGGAGCAUCAAUGUCUCGGCUUGGAAACUACACUAUUUUCCUUGACGGUACAUUGGUCUACAGCGGCGAUGAACUUGGCUCGAAUUUACCAUUGAAAUCUGGAGGUGCUUUUGUCGUAGGUCAGAAACUGGGAAGCUCAGACGGGAAUUCAGAGAGUUCAUUCUCUGGCAAACUGAGCCAGUUAAAUGUAUGGAGUAGAUUUAUGUCUGCCGAUGCUGCCGAAAUGAAAUUAAAAAACCAAAGUUGUUUCAAUAAAGAAGCACUUGGAAAUGUCUUUACUUGGAGUUCUCUUAAGGACAAUUGUAACAGCAUGGUCGUCAUGGAACAGCCAAGCUCGUGUAAGCCGCUUCGAAAAAACCCGAGGUAUGACAUUGUCAUAAAACCAUCACAAAACAAACGGUCCGUCCAUAACAUAACAUAUGAUGAAGAACUCGAUGGUUUCACAAUCACAGCGUGGGUAAAAUACGAGAAGAACGCGUCGCUGAAACUGAACGCAGAACUUCAGAAAUUUGUUGACUACAAAAACGCUUCAGGGACCAGCUUGCUCUCAUUUUAUCUUACGGCUGAAAGUCUCACCUUGGAAAUAAAUGGAGCUGAAAAAAGAGAAGCAAGGAUUCCAUGGUUUUGGAAUGAAUCUCCAGCAUACUGGCACCAUAUUGCUACCACAUGGUCGAGUGAUACAGGACACUGGAAGAUAUAUCUGGAUGGUUCAUUGGUCUCCAUUAUGCAUGAUGUAGCUACAAAUAUCACCAUUCCUGCAGGAAGAAAACGUUACCUCCAAUUAAAUGGAUACGAAGACAGCUCUCAAAGUAGACUCAAUAUCUGGAACUAUGAAAUUGAUGGACAUGCUUUAUCAUUGAUGGCAAACAAAGGACCAUUGUUUGAAAACGGUAAUGUCUUUGCGUGGUAUGGAAUAAAGUCGAAGGUUGAAGACGAUAAUUCUAUAGAAUUUCAAGAAACGCCGUAUGAUAUACACAAUUCUCGAACAGAGUCUGAGUUUCAGAUGACUUUUCUUGAGGCUUCAGAUAAAAACUACGUCAAGAUAGAAAACGUCUUUACCUACCAAAUCUCGGUCUUUUCCCUUUGUUUUUGGGCGAAAUUCCCGGCUACAAAUGAGGUGUCUGGAAUAUUUGCCUACUCCACUAACAAUGAUCCAGACGAAAUCUUGGUGUAUUACCAUAAAACGAAAUCAGAUUUGGUCUUUCUUCUCAAUUAUAAAGAUCUCACGAAUGCGGUAGUAAAUAAGAGAGAGAAGGUGUUGACCCCUGAUUCGUGGCAUUUCUAUUGCCUGCAGUGGAGAAACAGCGAUGGUUUGCACGAGAUUUAUCAAGAUGGGGAAAAACUGGGGACGAGUGAUAACGGAACCAAUGGUCACAUUAUACCUGCCAACGGUACCGUAGUUCUUGGACAGGAAAUGGAUUCUCAUGGCGGGGGUUUUCAAGGCCAACAAGCGUUUAAAGGAAGCCUCGCAGGGUUGAAUCUCUGGAGGCAAUUUUUGACAGUCAAUGUUAUUCAAGGAAUGGCAUCUGGGGUCAUCAAUGUUAACGGAAAUCUUCUCCAAUGGAGAAAUAUCAGAACCAAACAUUUGUUUGGUAGCGUGACUAUACGGAACGGAUCCGAAGCAGAGAUUCCAGAAUAUCGAGUACAGCAUCUGCGAGAUGAAUGGUGUGAAAAAAAGUUCAAUGAAACGGUUAUCUAUGCCAGAUUUAUCCGCGGUCAGGGAACGAAUGGCUACAAGUGGAGAUUCGUUCAGCCGGCGGCCAUGUUGGAUGAGAAUAUGUGUUACAAUAUCACUAAGAAUUCAUCCUUGUACCAAACUGAGGCAAAGGAAGAAAACCUUUUGGGAAUUAAUUGAGAAUAAUUCCUAUUGAAUAUUAUUUAAUAUAUGAUUAAUUAAUGAACAUUGUCAUUGGCACUAAAAUAUUUAUCGUAUUUAUUGCGUCUAUAAUAAACUACAGCCGAAAGAAUAGGUUUAUAGUAUUUUGUAGAAAUAUGUUAAUAAACGUUGUAGAAAUAUCCUAAUAUACAUAUAGUAUUAAUCGUAUAUAGCCGGUAAACUUUAUGUAUCAGUAUCUCAAUUCUAAUGUAUCUCAAUUCGUCAGCAUGCGAAACCUUCGUGCGACAUGAAUUGUAUAAUUAUGUAGUAGACGACACGAGAUUGGUUAAAUAAAGUCAGUUUCACUUGC